CCCUAAAAAAAACCAUGUAACUACCCUACGAAGCAUAUUUUGAUUUCGCCUAUGGUUACAUUGCUCCGCAACCUGCCUCGUCACUCCGAUCAGCAAUGAAAAGAUUCAAAGCAGCUCUUAGCAACCUCCGAUUCAUCAACUCGUCCUCCCCCAUCCGAGUCACUCCAACUCGCUCGCCACAACUCACUCACAACCACCAGGUUUCUCACUUCUCUCUCCAUAUUUCACCACCCCAUUUCGCCCCCUUUCAAUUUCACGAUUUUCGUUUCCCAACCACUCAACAAAAACGCAAUUUUUCCUCGAAACCCAACUCCAUUGUAGACCUUGUUUUGACCAACGCUUGGUCUCAAGGGUUCGAGCACGAGUUAGAAAAAUGUUACCCAUCUUUGACCCACGAAACCGUUGUUUACAUUUUGAAGCAUUUGGAUAAUGACCCACAAAAAGCUUCUAGCUUUUUCAAUUGGGUUUGUAAGAAAGAAUGGUUUUUGGCUAGUUCUUCAUUGUGUAACCUAGUUCUUAGGAUUUUAGCUAAUAACAUUACAAUUGAUCAAUUUUGGGUUACUCUAACUAUGAUGAAGAAAAAAGGGUUCUAUCUUGAUCGAAUGACGUAUACAAUGAUUUUAGAGGGUUUUAGAAGAGAGAAAAUGAAUAGGGAUUUUGCUUGUCUUAAAACCUUCUUUAAGCGAAUGCUUAAGGAAAAUGCAAGGCAAAGUGUUUUCAAUAAGGUUGUUGGUGUCAUUUCAGGAUCUGAAUGGGGUGAUGAGGUUAUGAAUGAACUCGCGGAGCUUAAAAUUAAAUAUUCGGAUAGUUUUGUAAUACGGGCUUUAAAAGAGCUCCGGGUUUGUCCUCUAAAGGCUUACAAGUUCUUUCAAUGGGUUGGGGAGCAAUCUGGUUAUCAACAGAAUUCAGUGACUUACAAUGCAGUUGCUAGAGUUCUCGCUAGGCCUGGUUCGGUUGACGAGUUUUGGAGUGUUGUUGAGGAGAUGAAGAGUGUGAAUCAUGAAUUGGAUAUUGAUACUUUUAUGAAUAUAGAAAUGCAGUUUGUGAAGAAUCAGAUGAUGGAGGAUGCUGUCAAGCUUUAUGAGGUUAUGAUGAAUGGUUCGUAUGAGCCAUCGGAUCAUGAUUGCUGUGUCCUUUUAAAUGCAAUUGCUACAAGUGAUUCGCCAAAUUCUGAACUAGUUUUCAGGGUAACUGAGAAAUAUGAAUCCAAAGGGCAUACUCUUACAAAGGAAAUCUAUGAUGGAAUCCACAGGUGUUUGACAAGUGCCGGGAAAUUUGAUGAAGCAGAAAAUAUUGUUAAGACUAUGAGAAAUGCAGGCUAUGAUCAGGAUAACACCACCUACAGUCAAGUGGUUUUUGGACUUUGUAAGAUGAAGAGGGUCGAAGAAGCAUGUAACGUUCUGGAGGAGAUGGAAUCUAGUGGAUGCAUCCCUGAUAACAAAACUUGGUCCGUCUUGAUCCAAGGGCUUUGUGCUGCCAAUGAAGUAGAGAAGGCAUCACUUUGUUUAAUUACGAUGGUUGAAAAGGGCUGCAAUGCAGAUGCAGAUGUUAUAGGCGUUAUGGUUGACAGUUAUCUUAGUCAAGAGAGAAUAGAUACUGCAUACAAGUUUCUUGUUGAGAUGGUUAGGAAUCACGGCGCAUCUCCUCGGCAACGUACAUAUGAGAAAUUGAUUGAAAACCUAUUGGGAAUAGGAAAAAUUGAGGAUGCAAUUGAUCUUCUAUGUUGGAUGCAUAAACACAAGUACUCUCCAUUCAUCAAACCUAUUGUGCAAUAUGUUUCAAAGUCUGGUACCGUGGAGGAUGCUGAGAAAUUCCUGAAGGCAUGGAGAAAGAAAAGUCAUAUGUCCCAUUCAGCCUAUCUUCAUGUUUUUGAAUCUUUCGUCGGAGAAGGUAGACUCUCAGAAGCCAAAGAUCUAUUGUGCAAGUGUCCUUCUCGUAUACAGAAACGUAAACAAGUCAGUGAAUUUUUUGCUUCAGCGGAGAAUCAGAUCACUGCUACGGCUAGUGCUAAUUGAUCCCAGAUUUUUUCCCCCUUCCUGGUGUUCAUCUCAUUGUUUUUCAAAUAACUACAAUCAUGCCAAUGAAGCAUGGUUUAACUGAUCGAUCCGACCUGUGUCAAAAAUCUGUCAUCUGUAAGUACCAUGGCAAUGGCGGAGCUUGACUUAGUUUUUUGAGGUGGCCGAAUGUUUUGUUAGAGGAUGCUUUUUUAGUUAGCUAAGCGUCUACCUUAGUUGAAGGUGGGAGCUUCAUCGGAUGAUCUUUUUAUAUAAAGAAGUUAAAGACCCAGGUCAACAGAUGGUAUUAGUCCUUAAGUGCGAUACAGUUUCGACAGAUCAUAUGAAUUAGUUUGCUGUUUAGUGAUCUAGUUUCUUUUUAUUUUCCAAAUGUACUCAGAUCAACACCCACAUUGGAUUGUUAAUGUGGAAAUUGGUUUCAAACUCACGGCCAAGUACUUGGUGGAAGGAGUUUAGCUGCUGCGCCAAUUGCUUGUUCAUGAAAUCAAUAUCAAACACAAUUAUAUAUAAACUAUGCAUAAAGUUACUUGUAUUUUUGGCUAAGUAUCAGCCACUGAACCAGUAGUUUCAUCACCAAUAGGACAUUUUUAUCAGCAGAUUCUCUAUUCUUCUAAGAGAGUUUGACCUUUGAUGAGCACUGUUUUGGAGGUGAAAAUUGAAGGAAGAGUGCUGUUUUGGCUUCAAAGGUUAGUUUAUUUAAAUAUGAUGAGUGCCUAGUUGACUACUCAA